AUGACGAAAGUGUGCCCUGAAAUGGAAGAAAGGACAUUACCAGAAUCAGUUCUUACAGUAUCAGCAGAUGUGAGCUUUGCUUCUAAUCAUUUUCCAACAUACAAAUUAGGACCUGAUAAUCAGAUAGUAGAGGAACCAAAAGAAGAUGACAAAGGGCCAUCAGUGAAAGAGACAGUGGAGAAAGAGAGCGAUAAGUUGUCUGAUCAACACAAGCGGCUCUCAGUGCGUGACCUCGCCAGUAAAUUUGACAAGAAUUUGGCUGCAGCUGUUAGUUUGGCUGAUGAGGCAAAACUAAGAGAGGUGGCUUCUUUAGAGGGACAUGUUAUGUUGAAGAAGCUAAGGGAUGCUCUAGAAUACAUGAGAGGACGCACGGAUGGGCAAAACAAAGAAGAUGUGGAGAAAGCUAUCUCCAUGGUUGAAGCUCUAGCUGUCAAGUUAACUCAGAAUGAAGGUGAGCUAAUUCAAGAAAAGUUUGAAGUGAAGAAACUGGGAAACUUUCUCAAGCAGGCUUCAGAAGAUGCAAAGAAACUGGUCAACCAGGAAAAGUCAUUCGCUUGUGCUGAGAUCGAAAGUGCAAGAGCCGUUGUGCUUAGACUUGGACAGGCAUUUGAAGAACAGGAACGAACUUCUGAAGCUUCUAGAGCUCAGGGACCGGAUGUGGAGAAAUUGGUUGAGGAAGUUCAAGAGGCUAGGCAAAUCAAACGGAUGCAUCACCCAACAAAGGUGAUGGGCAUGCAACAUGAGCUUCAUGGUUUAAGAAGUCGAAUCCAAGAGAAGUAUAUGAAUUCUGUUAAACUUCAUCAAGAGAUAGCAAUAACCAAAAGAGCAGAGGAAUCCAAGUCCUGUCCAUUUGUUCUGGAAGGCACACAAAGUCUCGGCUCUUGCUUAAUAAUCCGUUUCUCAGACAAUGCUCCAGAAAAUGCUCAAGAUCUUGCCAACUGCUCGAUCCAGUGGUACCGUGCAGCAUGUGAAACUAGCCGAAGGGAGGCUAUAUCUGGUGCAAACCAAUCAGUAUAUGCUCCAGAACCAUUUGAUGUUGGGAGGAUCUUACAGGCAGACAUUCUUUCAAACGGACAUAAUAAAGUCACAGUUACAACCGAUGGUCCAAUUGUUCCUGAUUCUGGCUUGCAAUCCCGCGUAGGAUCGCUGAUGCGGAAAUCUAACAGUGAAUUCAGUGUGGUAAUAUCACAGAUGAAUGGACAAGACUAUGCAUCUCGAUCUCAUGUGUUUACCGUCGGAAAGACGAGGAUAAAGCUGUCUCGAGGAUGGAUCACAAAGGCUAGAGAAAAUUAUUCCUCAUCUAUGCAGCUCUGUGGAGUUAGAGGCAAUAUUAAGGCUCCUGCCAAGGCAUUGUUCUGGCAACCAAGAAAGAGUCUAACUUUCAUACUAACAUUUGAGUCAGAACAAGAACGUAACGCAGCCAUAGCCCUUGCUCGAAGAUACGCUUUUGAUUGCAAUGUUACACUGCUCGGGCCAGAUGAUUAA